AUGAAGAGACACCUGAACUGUUCUGUCAGCAGCUCUGAAAUCUGGAGCUCGCAUCUAGUCCUUGCACUCGGCAUCCCUCAACUGAUCAUUAAUAUAAUCUCUGUGAUCUUCAACUGCGCGGUCAUCAUUAUCAUAUUGUCCACCAAGGAUCUGCACAAACCCAUCUUCAUUCUUUUCUGCAAUUUGGCUUUUUCUGAUCUCCUCACCAGCUCUUCGGGCUUUUGGAUUGCCAUGCUGUUCAUCACUAAUCCGGAAAGCACCAUUUUUGGAUCAAAGGAUAUCCUCAUAGCCUACGCCUUUUAUACUGUAUCUAUUCUGUCCACCAUCUAUAACUUAGUCAGCAUUGGAAUUGAGCGCUACUUGGCUGUGGCAGGAAGCCUCAAGUUGAGGUACCGAGUUUCCAGAAACCAGACACUGGCUGCAGCUCUAAUUAACUGGGCACUUGCCUUCUUUUUGGGCUGCAUGCCUCUAGUGGGGUGGAACUGCUUGCACAACCAAGAAAACCUCUCGGCUCUCUACAGCCCCUUCUGUGUUGACUAUCUCAUCUUCAUCACCAUUCCCAACUGUGUGGUGGCCUUUCUCUUGCCUCUAUUCACCUACCUUCGCAUCAUUGUCAUCCUGAGAAAACAGAAGUUCACCCUGGGAGCAUGUGGACAAGUCAAUGGCACCUACAAAUCAGCUGAAGUCCAGGUUGCCAGAACAAGCAUCUUCAUCUGGCUUCUGGCCUUGGUUUCCUAUGCACCUUUUUUUGCAGGAGUUGUGUUUGAUGCAGCCCAUAGCCUGUGCCCUGCUGAUUUGUAUCCAAGUGUCUAUGUGUUUCGAAAUUGCACUGCUAUGCUGAUCACCAUGAAUUCUUUGGGGAACCCCAUUGUCUACACACUUCAAGUCAAAACACUAGGGAAUAAGCUCAAAUUCUUGAAGUGCCCUGCCAACAACCGCAUCCAUGUGCAUGCUAUGGGGAACUUCUGA